UUCACCAGUGCACAGAUGCAAAUACUCAACGCCAAUACUCCUGAAGGGCAGCCUCGUCGGAAAGUCCACCAGUGUUCAAAAAUCAUUGCGGAGAAGUGGCGAGCAAUGUCUGACGAGGAGAGAGUAGCGGCAACAGAAGGAGAGGUGGUAGCUCUCCGUGAGCGGAGGGAAAGCAAAGAGCUUGGAACCUGGCAUAACGCCGACGUCAGUGCCAACCACGACUCAAGCAUGACUAUCAGUCGCAUUAAAGAGGAGCUCACACGUCUUAAUGCACGUACCGGUGAUGAGUCCAUCCUGGUCGUCAGCAGAGGCUCCCUGACACGCUUCCGUCCUCCAGAAACAUACUGCUCUGGUGUGAAGUCCGAAACCUUUCUAUCAACUGUGUUAAAGACUUCUGGCGAAGACCUCGCAAUGCGAAUGGAUGCAUACAUGGUGGUUGGCGUAGAAGGUGUAGCUCGGAACCAAGUUCAGGUGCUCACAGAGAUGAAGGGAAAGGUCUCCGCAUUGAUUCUGCAGAAAUUAAAGGCUGCAGGGGGUAAGUAUGAGAUAAAGAAGAUGUUUUAUACCAACUUUGACGAACACAUCACCCGCCCAUUCGGAAUCAUGGUCAAGAAUUGGCCCCUGAAGGAGUUCAAGAACCCAAGCUCUUUUUGCACCCGAGCUGACUUCAGCGUCCUGUGGAAUGCAUGGGAGACAGGGACGGCAUACUUUUACAUGAUGACACGAGAGGAGCACCGUGCUUGGGAGCAGAAGCAGGAGGAGGCCUUAGUGGAGGCACAGAGGAGAGUCCAAGAGGUGAGGGACAAACGGCAAUCCGGGGAAGAACCUCAGCAACAGACAAACACCGCAGGGGAUGAGAACGUACCUUCGGAGAACCCACCUGAAGAUCAAACCCCACCCCCAAGUAUGUCCAACGUACCUCAGCCAAAUGGAGGCCCUUCAUCCACGCCACAAUUGUGA